GGGGAGAGCUGCUGCUCGCGCUGCUGCAGCUCGCGCUCACUGGGAUGUUUUCAUAGAGUCGCUCGCGGGACGUUGACGAGCACGAGGAAGACGAGUCCGCCGCUUGCUUUCACUUCUCUUACUUCUCGGUUCGCUCGCUGCCGUCAUGUCAGCCCGUGUGGCCGCUGCGCUGCUGCUGUGCGCGCUGCUGACGGUGAGUCGCGGCCGCAGGAGUUCACCGGAGCUGGAGGACGUCCAGGAGAAGAUCCACAGCGCGAGGUGCUCGUCCAGGUGUCUCACCCUGCACAUGACCCAGCUCACCGCCGCCUUCAGGCACCUCCAGAGUGACCAAGUUCUGGUUUGGUGUGAAAACCACAGACGCUGCUCUCAGUGCCUCCAGCCAUGCAGAGAACUGUGGGAAACCAGGAAGGUGCUGUCUCCAAAGUCCUGUGAGAAGCAGACGGAGUGUGUGACGAGCAGGGAGUUCCUGGCGUCCCUGAGGUCGUCUCGUCAGGGUGACUGUCCGCCGCCUCAGCGAGCCACCGGAUUCGCCGCCGCCUGCGUGGAGAGCUGCUCGUCAGACCCGCACUGUCCCACCCCCAGAAAGUGCUGCUCCAAUGGCUGCGGACACACCUGCCAAGCCCCAGCCAAUCUGUACAAGGGUGUUCCCCUGAAGCCUCGCAGGGAGAUGAGCUUCGUGGAGGAUUCAGAAGGUCACAUGAGGGUGGUCUGGGUGUCAAAGUUCAACGUGAGCGUGGAGCCGGUCAUCUACAUGCUUCAGUCCCGCUGGAACGUAGGCAUCCAUCCCAGUGAAGACCAUGCAACGCCAUGGACUACUGCUGCCAUGACGCUCUCUGAAGAUGUGGUUCUGUCGGAUCUGAGACCUCAGCGCUGGUACCAGUUCAGAGUCGCAGCCAUCAACAGCCACGGCAGCAGAGGCUUCACCACACCGAGCAAACACUACAUCUCCAGCAAAGAUCCGUCACCUCCAGAGCCGCCGAUAAACAUCAGAGUGAGCAACCAGACUCUGGAGUCGCACUUCACAGAGAGGACCAGGGGAGCUGGGGCCACGGUGGCGGUCUUGUUACGCUGGGACCCCCCCACAGAGGGAGACCUGCCAGUCCACAACUACAGAGUCACCUGGAUGUCUCGACAGACACACACAGUGCACAAACACACGCACACUCUACAUGGACGUGCACAUACUGUUCACAACAACAUGCACACCCGCCCCACACACCCACGCGCACCAGAGCAGGGUAAAAAGGAAAGCAACAGCAGAGUGACUCAGGGGGCGCAGUGUGAGUUGUGGCUGCAGGGUCUGCCGCCCGCCACUUCCUACUUCCUAUCUGUGCAGACAGUCGCCUUCUGGGGUCAGAAGAGGCUGAAGAGUCCCAGAGCUCAAACUGUUUUCACCACAAUAAGUCGUGCAGGUGAGGACUUCUCCAAUGAGCUCCCGUCUUCGUCCUCCUCCUCAUCUUCCUCAUCUCCUUCCCUGUCAUCGUCCUCGCCUUCUUCUACCUCCGACCUCCACCAGUCCUCCUCCCACCCUCAACCUGACUCCCCCCGAAACCCCGUCACCCCUGACAACCUGCGACUGGAGGUCGCUGCCCCUCAUUACCAUGACAACCAGCUGCAGGUCAAGGUGUUCUGGAAGUGGCCUCAUCACGGCAGACAGAAACACGCCGGUCCAUACAUUCUGCGGUGGCAUCCACAUAGCUGCAGCACUAACGUCACGGGCACUGAGAGAACAACAACCGUGCAGGGCACUCAUCACACCCUCACAGGGCUCCUGUUUGCCUGUAAGUACCGGGUCGCCGUGGCAAUGAAGGCUGACCCCGGGUCAGAGGCUGUUGCCUGGGUUACGACCCCGACUUGCUCCUCCAUCAGGGUCAGAGGAGGCAAAGCUUUGCCCUGCAACACUGAGGAGCGCCUCCUGUCAGGCAGAAAGGUGGUACUGCGUCCAGAAAGACUGACGGCAGAUUUUCAACAAGUCAACGGCUCCUUGCUCUCCACGUUUCGCUGGAGAAUGUCCCAGCAUGCACUGGACCCAGCGGCUGUCGAGGGGUUCCAGUUCACCUGGACGCUACAGUCGGUUACCACGGCAACAGAGGAGCAGGAAGACACGCGCAUCUCGCAGACGCAGACGAUUGCAGCGUCUCAGCGGUCGGUGACAGUUCAAGGUCUUCAGGCCAACAGUGUCUAUCAGCUGCAGCUCCAGGUGCUAACAACGGGGGGCAGCAAUGGCGCCGCAGUCUCCAAGACCAUUCACACUCCAGCCAUCAAGGCUAAACUUUGAUAGGCCUCAAACUGCAUCAGCUGCCAGCGACUGCUGCACCACUCUGACCUUCACCAGCCUCCUCUUCCCUGUUGUGUUCCACAGUUUAACAUGCUUUCAUUGCAGUUCAUGUUCAAACAACCUGCGCAAAGCUUUAAAAUAAAAUAAAUUCCUCUGCAUAAAGAUUUUCAUACGAAAGGUAUUUUCUACUCUGAUAGUUUCUCUGACUUUUUUUUUUUCAAACAUCAGGAAAUCUGUGCUCAUUAAUCAUCUGAUUGAAAGAUUAUACAAUAUUGUUUUUAAAAUGUACUGUAACUGUGCCUGGGGCCAUUUUAGAAAAGCACCAGGUACGUACAGUUAGUCUCAGCAGUGAAACGUGUGUCCUUAAAGCAUAUUUCCUCCAUUUCCUUAUGAAAAAACGGCGGCAUUUUCCCAGCGAUUCCUUUUGGCAUCAGUAACCACAGUGCCCCAGCGUUUAUGUGAAAAGUGAGACUUCACCCGUGGCUGCAUCGGUUCGUGUUCUGUGUCGAGGUGGGACGUCUGAUCACCUGACAACAUUGGAGCCAGAUGACACACGUGUAAAGGGACUUAUUAUGCCUCUUGUUUUUGACCAUGCUAGUAGAGAAUAAUAUAGCACUGACCUUAUGUACAAAUAGUGAUGUAUAGCAACAGACUGUGUUUAUUUCAAUGCAUUAUCUGCUGCAUUCUCUUUGAAGCCAGUGGGUCUGACUCCGUUUGCAGAAAUGUUGAUUUAAGCUCAAAUAUUUUUGAUAUUUUGUUCAUAUGUUAAAAAAAAAAAUGUCCGAAGUUGCUUGUUUGAUACAUUUUGGACAUUACGUCCAUUUCACUAAUUGAUGAUGUGUGAAAUUUUCUCACAGUUGAUUUGUUUUGCAAAAGUCAUGUCAUCACUUUGAAAGGGCUGGGAGCUACUAAUGUCGAGUAGCCAGUCAUUAUGUUAAUAUUCUCUCUAUGUAACCUUUUACUGUUGAUACUUUUGUACUUAAUUCCUUUACUUUUUGUCUGUUAGUUUUAUUUAUUGUUUUCCAGUCUUAGAUUUUUAUAAUUAAAGAUAAUCAGGACACUG